CCCCUUCGGAAACGGGUAGAACCAUUCUUAUUUUCUCAUCCAGAGAAUAUAUAUAUAUAUUCUAUAUAUAUUCAUUCAACGCGUAGGUCGCGUUCUACACGAACACAUUCACACAUACUAAUAUAUAUAUAUAUAUAUAUAUAUAUAUUUGGGAAUUUAAAAAAAUAUUCUAGAAUAGAAUACCCACUUUCUUUCUUUUGAAACGGGUUCUUUUGCAUUAAGAAAUUUUUAACAAAUUUCUUUUUUCCUUUCUUUUUUUAUUAUUUUUGUCUUUCAUUCUUAGCAUUUUCACUCUCUACCAAACGUUCAUUUUUGAACCGGUUCAUUCUUUUUCGAAAUGAAACUUUCUCUUUUAUCUUUGGCUGCCGCUGGCUUAGUCAGUUUGGGCAACUUGGUUCAAGCUAGUGUUCCUCCCGUGCACGUCGACGGUCGCUAUUUCUGGAACAAGAACGGUACCCGUUUCUUCAUCAAGGGUAUCGCUUACCAACCCGACUCUAACGGUGAUGAAAAAUACGUCGAUCCUCUCGCCGAUAAGAGUACUUGCGAACGUGAUGUCAAGUACUUGAAAGAACUCUCUGUCAACACCAUCCGUGUUUACAGUGUCAACUCCUCUUCCAACCAUGAUGAUUGCAUGAAGAUUUUCGAUGACAAUGGAAUCUACGUACUUUCCGAUUUGUCUAGUCCUGACGUUUCCAUCAAUGGUAAAGAUCCCUCUUGGUCUGUUGACUUGUUCAAGCACUACACCGAUGUUGUCGACUCUUUGGCCCCUUACAACAAUGUCCUCGGUUUCAUCGCUGGUAAUGAGGUUGUUCAAAACGUAAACAACACCGAUGCCGCUGCUUUCGUCAAGGCUGCCGUCCGUGAUGUUAAGCAAUACAUUGUCAACUCUGGUCACCGUCAAAUUCCCGUCGGUUACUCCACCAAUGAUGAACAAGAAACUCGUGUCCCCAUGUCUCACUACUUUGACUGCGGUGACAAGGCUGACAUUGUUGAUUUCUACGGUAUUAACAUUUACGAAUGGUGUGGUGAUAGCAGCAUUCACAGCUCUGGCUAUGAUGAGAGAACCAAGGAAUUCCAAAACUACACUGUUCCCGUCUUCUUCAGUGAAUUCGGUUGCAUCCAAGUUCGUCCUCGUAAGUUUACCGAAGUUAAGGCUUUGUUCAGUGAUGAAAUGACUGAUGUCUGGUCUGGUGGUGUCGCUUACGAAUACUUCCAAGCUGCCAACAAGUAUGGUGUUGUUAGUGUCAGUGGUGACUCCGUCAGCACUCUUACUGACUUCCCUCAUCUUUCUUCUAUGUAUGCCUCUGUUCAACCCUCUCCUACUCAAUCUUCUUCCAUGUCUCUCACUUCUUCCGGCCAAUCCUGCGCUGCUACCCAAAAGGCUUGGAAGGCUGCUACUGACUUGCCUCCUACUCCUUCUGAGGAUGUUUGUGAGUGCAUGGACAAGACUAGACAAUGUGUUGUCGCUGACGGCGUUGACUCUUCCGACUAUGGUGAUCUUUUCAGCUACGUCUGCACAAAGAUCGAUUGCGAUGCUAUCAGUGCUAACGGUACCGCCCCCGGUAAGUAUGGUUCUUUCAGCUACUGCGAUUCUAAGCAAAAGUUGAACUACGUUUUGGAUGCUUACUACCAACAAAAGGGUGGCUGUGACUUCAAGGGCUCUGCCAGUUCUGUUUCUGCCGCUUCUGCUACUGGUGCUUGCAAGUCUUACCUUUCUGCUGCUGGUUCUUCUGGUACCAAGCCUAUCUCUGUUACCCCCGAUGCCAAUGCUGUUUCCAAGGGUAACGGCACUGACAACAUGUCCAGUACCUAUGGUGGUGGUGGCUCUAAUGGCAAGAACGGUACCACAUCUGGUCACCAAAAGAGUGCUGCCAGCACUUCUAUCAACACCAACGCUCUCGUUGCCUUGGUCUCCAUGGUUGUCGGUGGUGUUGCCGUUUUGUGCAUUUAAAUGUAAACAGGGAUCUUUCUGAUUGCAUUUUUGUAUCAUUGUGUUGCAUCUGAUGCAUCUUUUGUACGUUUAUUACAUCUUUUUUUAUAUCUUGUUUGUUUUCGAUGAUAUGUACGUUCCCUCAAAUACCUUUAUAUCUCAUUAUUUCUCUUUUUUUUCUUUAGAUAUUUCAAUAAAUUAUAUUUUGUGGUUGUAUA